UUUGAUUUCGAUGAUGGAGGCGCCUAUUGCGGGGGCUGGGAAGGGGGCAAAGCCCACGGGCACGGCAUCUGCACCGGCCCCAAGGGCCAGGGCGAGUACUCGGGCUCCUGGAACUACGGCUUUGAAGUGGUGGGCAUAUACACGUGGCCCAGUGGCAACACCUAUGAAGGCUACUGGUCCCAAGGCAAGAGGCACGGCCUAGGAAUCGAGACCAAAGGACGGUGGGUUUACAGAGGCGAGUGGACCCAUGGCUUUAAGGGACGGUACGGCGCGAGGCAGAGCAUGAGCAGCGGAGCCAAGUAUGAAGGUACCUGGAACAAUGGCCUGCAGGAUGGCUAUGGCACCGAGACGUAUGCUGAUGGAGGCACGUACCAGGGCCAGUUCACCAACGGCAUGCGGCAUGGCUACGGCGUGCGGCAGAGCGUGCCCUACGGCAUGGCCUCCGUGGUCCGCUCCCCACUGCGCACCUCCCUGUCCUCCCUGCGGAGCGAGCACAGCAACGGCACCCUGCCCCAGCAGGACUCCCCUGCCGCCAACCCCGAGAGCCUGCCCCUCUCGCCCACCAUCACCCGCGGGGGCUUCGCCCUCAGCCUCUACGCGGAGGCGGAGGCCGGCAAGCCCAAGAAGGGGGGGCUCUUCCGCAGGGGCUCCUUGCUGGGGAAGCUGAAGAAGUCCGAGUCCAAGUCGUCCUUGGCCAGCCAGAAGAGCCGCGUCAGCUUCCUCAAGAGCGAGAGUGGGAUCAGCUCGGCCGCCAGCGAUGCCACCUCCACCGUCAGCCUGGGAGAGGGUGCCGAGGGUGAGGAGUACCCACCCUUUGAGUCCGACAUCGAUGCCACCACCACGGAGACCUACAUGGGCGAGUGGAAGAACGACAAGCGCGCUGGCUUUGGUGUCAGUGAGCGCUCCAGCGGGCUGAAGUAUGAGGGCGAGUGGCUGGACAACCUGCGGCACGGCUACGGCUGCACCACGCUGCCCGACGGCAAGAAGGAGGAGGGCAAGUACCGCCACAACGUCCUUGUCAAGGGCAUGAAGAAGCGCGUGUUACCCCUCAAGAGCGCCAAGAUCCGGCAGAAGGUGGACAGGAGUGUGGAGGGGGCUCAGAGGGCCGCGGCCAUCGCCCGGCAGAAAUCGGAGAUUGCGGCAUCCAGGACGGCUCAUGCCAAAGCCAAGGCUGAAGGGUCUGAGCAGGCAGCUCAGGCAGCUAACAACGAAUCGGGCAUAGCCAGAAUGAUGGCCAGGGAGCUCUCCCCGGACUUCUAUCAGCCAGGCCCCGAAUACCAGAAGCGGAAGCUGCUGCAGGAGAUCAUGGAGAACGCGGAGCACGCUGUCAACAUGGAGGAGGAG